GGAAAACCUUCUGGAGUAUCUUCCUACGUAAUGGCUGCUUGACGUUUGAGACUCACAGAUGCUGCAAAGACAUCGUUUCCACUGACCAAAUGCUCACCAGGAACAUACGUUCUGCCUUCUCUACAUAGCUGGUUGAAAAAUUGAACACUGCAGUCCCCACAACACCUUUGUGUCCAGUUAUGGCUGCAAGUAGUGGAGAAAGUCAGCUGCAGAGGAUUAUUCGAGAUUUGCAGGAUGCUGUGACAGAACUGGGUAAAGAAUUUUCAGAAGCGGGAGAACCAAUCACAGAUGACUGUAUCAGCUUGCACAAAUUUUCCUACAAGCUCGAGUAUCUUUUGCAGUACGACCAGAAGGAAAAGACCACAUUACUGGGAAACAGGAAAGACUACUGGGAUUAUUUCUGUGACUGCCUGGCAAAGAUAAAAGGAGCAAAUGACGGAAUACGCUUUGUCAAGUCUAUUUCAGAACUAAGAACAUCCCUUGGUAAGGGAAGGGCAUUUAUACGUUACUCCUUAAUGCACCAAAGACUUGCAGACACUUUGCAGCAAUGUUUAAUGAAUACCAAAGUAACAAGUGACUGGUACUAUGCAAGAAGUCCCUUCCUGAACUCUAAACUGAGUUCUGAUAUUGUUGGGCAGCUCUAUGAAUUAACUGAAGUUCAGUUUGACUUGGCAUCUAGAGGCUACGACUUGGACACAGCAUGGCCCACGUUUGCCAGGAGGACUUUGUCUUCAUAUGGCUCAUCAGCUUAUCUGUGGAAACCUCCAAGCCGCAGUUCAAGCAUGAGCAGUCUGGUGAGCAGCUACUUGCAGAACCAAGAUAUGCCUUCCAGUCCUAAUGGGAAUAACUUUUUAAACCCAGAACCCCUCGAGGGCCUUGAUGAGAUGCGUGCAGAGCUUGAUCAAGUGGAACUGCAGCAGAAGGAGCUUCGGGAUCGGAUCCAGCACCUAGAAAAGGAAAACCACGAGCUCCAGGCAGCCGUCAGUCUUGAGAAAGGGCAAGCACAGGCCGCGAGAGAGAAGAGCAGCAAUCUCAGCACGGAGAACUCCAGGCUAAUGAAAAUGCUCAGAGAGCUUGAGAAGCAGUGCGAGAUCUCUCACUGCACUCAGGACACUGUUCAGGACCUGCAAAAGUGUUUGCAGACCUUAGAACGGAAUUCCCAGGAAAAGCAGCAGGAAUACUCCACAAGACUCGGGGAACUGGCGUCCAGUAAAAAGGACUCUGACUCCAAGUUGCUUCUCGUGAAUGAACAGCUGGAGACGGUCAGGACUUUGGUAGGCACAAAGGAAGCCUCCAUCAGUGAGCUUACAGCCAAGCUGAAGUUGGCAGAGCAGAAGAAUGAAGAGCUUGUUUCCCAAACCAGUGCGUUUGUGGAUGAAAGAGGACAGCAUGCGGCCCAUCAAAAUGAGUCCCUGCUGAAGAUUGAGGAGUUACUUGGUAAACUUCACAGAGCAGAACAGGAGAGAGCUGAUGCUCAGAAGUUGCACAGUGAACAUCUUUCCCAGCUUAAGGUCAUGGAGGAGCAGUUGUCUCUAAAAGAGCAGGUGCAAACGGAGCUUGAGUAUAAACUGAAGAGCCUCUCUGCCAACUCUGAGGAAGGAUCUGGAAAACUGCAAGGCCUGUUGGAAACAAUGGCAACAGACAAAGCUGCUCUUGAGAAGGAGUUGGCUGCAAAAGGCACAGAGGCGGCCCACCUUCAAAUCCAGUUGAAAGAGUCAUUGGAUUGUGUAAGGUCCUUGGAAAAAAAUCUUGAAGAGGAAAGGAAAGAGCGAGAGAGGCUUGAGGAGGAGUUCAGCUAUAGAAGAACAACAAUGGAACAGGAAGCAAAGAAUCUGACGGAACAACUUGAGUUGCUGGAAAACCGCUUAUCAAGAUUAAGUGAACACGUGGCAAGCUUAGAAGAGCAAAACAAAGAACUUGUUUCUGAAAGAGACCUUCUCAGCAAAACAAUAGAAAGCAUGAAGCACAAUGCGAGGCAGAAAAAUUCCUCAUGGACAGAUGUCUGUGAGGAAAACGAGAGGCUGAAACUAACCAAUCAGAAGUUAGAAGACAGGCAAAAGGAGUUGGACACCUCGAAAUCCUCUUUAGAGGCUGAGUUUGCCAAGCUGACAGCUUCUGAGAAAGAACUCCGAGGUGAGAUAUAUGAUGCUGUGGUGUCCGUAGAUGAAAAGGAAAAGAAACUCCGAGAACGGAAUAGGCAACUGGCUGAAAACCUGCAGAAUGCCACCAAGCAAAAUCAAGUUCUGGAAGAAAAGUUACACAAUAUGCAAUCCGAUUACCAAGAACUGAUACGGAGAGAAGAAACUAUCAAGAAGACCUUGGGUGUGCUGCAAGCAGAGCAGCAAAAUACCAAAGAGCAAGGCCUGAAAAUGGAAAAGGGCUUGGCUUCCUUAAAACAAUAUAAGGACUCUCUGCGGCUCCAGAUGAAGGAGAAGGAUAAUGCUUUGCAAGGCUUGGAGAGCCAGCUAAAGCAGCUUCAAGAAGAAGCAGAGAGAUACAGAAGAAAAGCAGAAGCCCUUGAGGCAGAAAAGACAGGUAGGGAAAAAACUUUUCUCCCUCAGGCACCGGUGAUUGAUCCUAGCGUUGUAGAAAAAGCCAAGCUGGAAGGGGCAACCUGUAAGGAGAAAGAAGGCAAAGACUUAGCACUGAGGCUGGCUCUUUCUGAGGAGCAGCUACAUAUUAACCAGGAAGAAGUUUUGAGGCUUCAGACUGAACGUACGGACCUCCAUGCUAGGCUUCAGCAAGUAAUGGCGGAGAAGGAGACGCUGCAAGGCAAACUGGAUGUUGGAGAAACUCUUCUGAAUGAGCAAAAAGCCCUGGCCCAGCAACUGAAAGAGCAAAACGAAAUGCUUAACAGAACUCAUGUGCAGGAGCUGCUCGAGUGCCAAAAUCGAAUGGAAACGCUGAAAGAUGAGCGGGACAAGGACGCCCUUCAAAAGGCUGAUCUGGAGAAGAACUUGCUGUGCCUCACUGAGGAACUGUCCAAGGCAAAGCAGUGUUGGGAAGCGGUGAAUGUGGAAAACAUGGAAAUCAAAGAACUUCUCCACAGGACCAACACCGACACCGCUGAGCUCGGCAUUCAGAUCUGCACGCUAACAUCUGAAAAGUCAGAAGCAGAAGAAAAGCUGUCUUAUAUCACAGAAAAGCUGAAGGCUGCUGAAGCAUCAGCAACCCAAGAACAAGAGGCCCUGCAGCAUGACCUCUCGAGGCUCUGCCAGGAGAACCAAGAACUCCAAGAGAAACUUGAGGAUUGGAAGAGGCAUGCAGCUGCCCUGCCUAACCUGCAAACUCAACUGGAGUUAGCAGAGCGACAGGCCCAGAGUUUGCAAGAGACCAAGCAAGAGGAGCUUUCUGCAGUGAAAUUCCAACUGAGUACAGAAAUUAUAAAUUACCAGACAAAAUUUAAGGCCAUCAGUGAGGAAUGUGAAAAAUUAAAGCGGCAGGUUGAAGAGCCCAGUCGGCGAGCAGAAGCUGCUGAAGAGGCACUCAAAGACUUGCAGGCUGUCAAAAGAGACCUGUGCCAUGAACUAGACCUUGCCAUGGAUCAAGUGACUGAAUACAAAGCCGCCAAGCAGAAAAAAGAGGAGGAAGUAGAACAGCUGAAAGAAGACCUGGAAAGGGCCCAGAAGGAAGUCAACAAGGCAAAUGAACAGAUUCAGGACUACAAUGAGAAACUUGGCAAGAUGAGGUCAGACCGGGACAGCAAUGACCAGAAGCUGUUGGCUGAAUUAGAUGACCUUACUAGAACAAAGCAGUUCCUUGAAGAACGGUUAAUUGAACUUCUCAGGGACAAAGAUGCCCUUUGGCAGAAGUCCGAUGCUCUAGAGUUCCAGCAGAAGCUCACCGCAGAGCAAAGAUGGUUGGGGGAUGCAGAGGUCAGCUGCUGCCAAGACUGCCAAAAGGAAUUUGGCUGGAUGAAUCGCCGACACCAUUGCAGACUUUGUGGACGCAUUUUCUGCUAUUACUGUUGCAACCACUAUGCCAUGUCGAAACACACUGGCAAGAAAGAGCGCUGCUGUCGAGCUUGCUUUAAGAAAUCAAAUGUUGCCUCGGGUGACUCCGGAUCCAAUGCAAGCCAAGAAGAACCAUUGAGUCUGUUCACCUCACCGUUGUCUCUGGUUCGUAAAGUGAUUGUUACAACUGAAGCUUCCAAGCCCACCGAUGAAGCCCCAUUUGAUAUAAUUACAGAUGAGGAAGUGGGCCAAUUACAGGACGAGGACUCUGUUCAUAACGAAAGCCAUACUGAAGAAGAAUCCCUGGAGCGUAGUGUGACUGAUCUCAACAGCACCUAUAAUUCUUCUAUCUUUGAUGAAUCUGAAGAACUGCAAAUGGCCCAAGAUGCAGAGAUCUGCUUGCUAAAGUCAGGAGAACUGAUCAACAGCACCUAUAAUUCUUCUAUCUUUGAUGAAUCUGAAGAACUGCAAAUGGCCCAAGAUGCAGAGAUCUGCUUGCUAAAGUCAGGAGAACUGAUGAUAAAGCUGCCCUUCACUGUGGAAGAGAUUUUGAAUUUUGGAGAAGCGAAUCGAGAGCUGUUCAUUAAAUCAAACACCUACAGUAUUAUUCCCAUCACUGUGGAGGAACCUGGCCUUGCAAUAAGUUGGGUGUUUUCAUCUGAACCAAAGAGUAUCUCAUUCAGUGUGGUGUACCAAGAAUCAGAAGAAGCUCCACUGGAUCAAUGUAAAGUACUUAUUCCUAUGACCCGUUGCAACUCUCAUAAGGAAACCAUCCGAGGGAAGGUGAAAGUCAGAAACUCCGGGAUCUACAUGCUUAUAUUUGACAACACUUUCUCCAGGUUUAUCUCCAAAAAAGUAUUUUAUCACUUAACACUUCAACGCGCAGUGAUUUAUGAUGGAAGUGAUUUUCCAUAGCCUUGGACAUAUGCAAUAUUUAAAUACUGUCUUUUUGUUCAAAUUAUAUUUUUAAGAAAAACUAUUUAUAUAUGUACCUGAGCACUAAGAACACAGGUGUGUUUGAAAUCCUGCUACAUCUAUGCAAUAAUUCUAAAACUGCACUUUUAUGUUGGUACACAUAUAAAGGAAAAUAUGUUUAUUACUAACACUAAUAAUUCUGAAUUGUGUGCCAGUGUUCAAAAGCCAUUUUGUUUAUUUAAAUCGAAAACCAAAACAAAAAAGCUAUGCAAUAUUGCACUUGACACAUAAAUGAGUCUGAAUCCAGAUACAUGACUUUCAAAGGGCUAAGAAAUAGGAACUGAAAUAUACUUUUGAUUUAAUCGAUAUAAUUUGAAAUUUGAUUAUUUUUUUAACUUUAGGUACUGUUGCUUCUGCUGCUCCUUUUUUAAAGCUGCAAAAGGGAUGAAUUAAAAAUUCAGCCCUGCACAAUCAAAAGGUAGUUUAACAUGCCCCAAUUCAUCCCAAAUAUGCCCUACAUGCAAUUAGAUGGUGAACAAAUGGUGGAUAACAAUCACAGUGGCAUUUUGCAGACUGAUUGAUCUCACUGCCAAACCGCUGUGAUGUUUGAUGUUCACAUAAUACACAUGGGCAGAAAGCAGAGGGUGGAUCAGCAGCCUAUUUAGCCAGCUUGGGAGUCUUUAUGGUCAUAUGCUUACAUUGGUUGGUGCAUUUGAUAAAGAAGGUCACCAACUUCUAUUGAUUCAGGUCCUUUAUAGUAAAGGAUAUUUCAUAUUUCACAAAAUAAUUCUUGUGGAAGUGCUGUGACUCAUUUCCACAUAACAAUUUGGGUUUGGGAUGUAAAUAUAAUAGAGUUGCCAGAUCCUUUUACCCUCCCAGCCGGAGAGGAGGGGCCCAGCACUGACUUUGUCCCACACCGGGGGUACACUCAGGAGGCCUGCCCCCCCCCACCUUUCCCCCCCCACCAGCCAGGCGAGGGGGGGGCAGAUGAUAUGAGCAGGUAAUCCCCUGCUCCCACUGGAGGACCUGGCAGCCCUAAAAUAUAACCAUCAGGUUUGGAACUAGUAAAAUAAAGCCUUUAAUUAAAAAAUAAAACCCUACAAAAUCUACAGUGUGCCCACUUCUCAAUGAAUUUUACCAUAAUUUGGUACAUCCACCCAGUAAUAGAGAUUAAUCACCCAUUGAAUACAGAAAGGCAGACUCAUUCAUGAAGCAUUUAUCGUUAGAGAUGGCAGAGUGUUUUUGAUCUUAAAUUUUUAGUCAGGAGUGAUAGAGGAACUGAUAUGAAUUAUUGUGUGAUCUUACCAAGAGAGGGAUAUUUUUUUUUCAUAUUUUACUUUUACAGCCUAAUUUUAAGUCUAAGAAUUUUAAUACUGACUGUUACAGAGCAUGUUUUGGGGGCAUUGGCUAGCAAAUAAACUAAUAUAUAAAGGAUUAGAGCAUUGGCAGUCAUAUCUAUAAGAGUUUAAGACUGUGAUAGUAUGAAAUGAAUAGCACUAUUUACAGAAGGUAAAUCAGGUGACCUUCUAGACAUAGGAAUCAAAGUCAGCCCCACACUCAUUUCGCAUUGGGCAGCCAAAAGCCUAUUAUUAACACCUAGUUUACACUGUAAUGACUGCAUUUGUAAUAAAUCAGUGGAGUAGUUCAAAUUUCAAUACCCAACUGAUGUCUGAAGGGCAGUUGAGAGUUUUCAGCCUGGAAUUCUGGUGCAAAAGAGUCCGAAAAGAAUUGAAUCAAAUAUUUCCAAAACAAACAACAAAAACGUUUUAUGCCUAUCUGACAAUGAAUAAAGUCAUCUAAUACUUCUUGGCAAAUUUCUUACGCUGAAUUUUCAAGGAAACACAUUCAUUCUGUUUUUGUAAGGAAGAACUUUAAAUUUUUGUAUUUCUCAAAUAUUUCAAGAUGUUUUUUUUUUUAACUUUUCCUGCUGGGAAAAUUUUUGGCACUUAUGCUGUUCUGGUGUAAUCCUACAUGAAUCUGUGGCAUACCUGGCAUUAUUUUUUUUAAAAAAUGUGUUAAAAAUAGAUGGUAUCAGAGCAAUAUGUUGGGAGGUAAGGCGGCAUGGCAUAGCCUGAUCUCGUCAGAUCUUAGAAAAUAAGCAUGAUCAGUACUUGGAUGGGCAACUGCCAAGGAAGACUGUGCAGAAGAAGACAAUGGCAAACCACCUCUGCUCCUCACUUGUCUUGACAGCCCCUUGCACGGGUCUCCAUAAGUCAAUUGCAGCUUGAUGGUAUGCACGCACACGCAUCAAAGCAAUAUAAUAGACAGUAUGCAUUUGCCAUGUCAUUAUCGAAUGGUGUUCUUAUUGAAAGAUUAGGUUAUAUUUUCUUUGCAGUUGAGAAAUGAGAAUUUAUUUAAUUAACCUGAAAUGCUGUUUGCCAUGAGCUGUGCAAUAUAAAAUGGAUUUUGGACUGAAAUACACUUAAUGUUUUAGCUGUGGUUUUCUAGUCUAUUUGCUAUGGUUUUGGGAUAAAAUUGUUAGUUUUUGCAAAGCUAUCUUUGUUCAAAUUGAUAUGAAGGGGGUUUGUCAAACAUUAUACUUAUAAUUUAUUAUUUUAAAUAUACAUUGUCAUUGAAGAAAAAGC